AUGGAUGCUUAUGAAUCGCAUUUGGCUUUUUCCAGACGUGCAGUGUGGGGUUCAAUUUUCAAUCCAAUUUAUGUUGCGCGCCCUCCAAUUUCAGUUCCUGGCAGCAGUAUACCUCUGGUUCCAAAACCUUGUGGAGUGAUUGCAGUGGCCACCCCUGAGCAUGAAGGUGAUGACGAGGCUUCUGACAGACCUGAAGCGUUGAGGAUUUUUAGAGCCAAGAGAACUGUGACAGGACGCUCCUGGGAGGCUUUGCUCAAUUCUCAGCGGGUUGCAGCAAUUCGGAAGUGGGCUGGAAUCAUUAUGAUGUAUUUGAACUCAUUUGAAAUUGGCAGGCAGUGGGACCGCUUGUCGCCUAUGGGACAGGCCCUGGGUGAUGGUCUGAGGCACAUUUUUGCAGGUAAGGCUACAGGAACUCUGCAUGCGCGUGCAAGCCCAGUCCUGCGGUAUAUCAUGUGGUGUGACAUGAACGGCAUUCCAGCAUUUCCUUUGGUUGAGGCUACGGUUUACAAUUUCAUGUGCGAACAUGCUGACACUUCUGCACCAACAUUUCUACGAUCUUAUUUGGUUGCAAUCAGGUUUUCUUUCCAUGUCCUUGGGGUUACUGGUGGUGAUACAGUCCUUGCAAGCAAAAGGGUAGAAGGGUGUGCACGUGAAGCCUAUCUGAAGAAGAGACGAACCCUGCAGAAGGACCCCCUUAGUGUUGCAAUGGUCGAACACCUGGAGAAGAUUGUCAUGGCUGACAAAUAUCCAGACCGAGACCGGGUGGCGGCAGGAUGUUUCUUGUUGUGCAUUUUCUUCAGGGCCCGUUUUUCAGAUAUGAUGAACUUGCAGGACCUCAUUUUGGAUGAAAUUGUCGUUGAUGGAAGCCCCCAAGGGUACAUUGAAGGGAAAGUUGGUCGAACAAAAUCAGCCUACACAACUGAAAUGAAAACGAAGUACCUGCCGAUGGUUGCACCGCGUUUUGGUGUUACCGGAGCUGACUGGUUCACCACCUGGAGGGAAGUUGGUGUCAGGUGUGGAAAACCGAGGGGUGAAGCUAUGCCCAUGCUGCCAUAUCCUUCCAAGGGCGGCUGGACAAAGACACCUCUUGGAGCUGGAGAAGGUGCUGACUGGCUGCGGCAACUGCUGCAAGUGUCGGGUAUCCCGCUUGGAGCGCUUGGGAACAUCGGGACACAUUCGCUCAAGACCACAACACUCAGCUGGAUGGCAAAGUUUGGGGCCCCCAUCAGUAUCAGGCAACAUUUGGGAUAUCAUAUGCCGAGUGCCGACAAGAUGGCCCUGCUGUAUUCACGUGAUGCAUCUGCUGGACCGGUUAGGAAGCUUGAGGAAUGCCUUGCUUGUGUCAGGAAGAAGACCUUCGUCCCUGAUGCCACGCGAUCUGGGUACUUUCCAAUGCAGGGUCAUCGACUUGAGCCUGAAACUGACCAGGCCCUUUCUGGAGUUGGCACCCCUGAAACUGACACGGUAGUGGAUUUCAGUGACACAGACUCUGAAGACUCCCGUGACGAUGAGCAUGCCUUUGAGGAACAAAACAUGAAUGAGGCGGCCAUGGACCACGUGGUAGGCUCAUGGAAUGAACAUGCAACUCUUGAAGCCCUGGGAGUUCAAGAGGACGCCCCGCUCUUCAGGAACCGAUUCACCAGAUACAUUCAUUUGCUUUCAGAGGAGGGGGGCAACAAGUUUCGAUGCGGCAGGGAGAUCAAUAACAAAUAUGAAGAGCUUGAGAUUAGACCGCUUUUUCAUGAGGCCUACAGCCUUACAGCAGCAGAGCUGAAGCACUCAGUUGAACCAGUUGAGGACAUGCCAGUAAAGAAACUAGCACAGCCUGAACGUGCAGAUAGGAAAACAGAUUGCAGCAUGUUGAACUCAGCAGGUGCACUUCGAAAGAACAGGUUGGCUCUGAUGAGGCGAGGCCUCGCCCUUGACCAGGCGAACUUGCUGGACUACCUGGAGCAUGACAGGCCAAAGAAUAAGGGCAAGGGAAAGUCUAAGGGUCAACAAGGCGGCGGAUCGCUCACCAUCAAGAUGCCUGCUGGGCUGGAAGGACGACGCAUGCCACCUUUGAUUUCCGAGUUCGAGCGAUUUGAGAUUGUCACAGCUGCAUCAAUGCCCACAACCGAUGCCAAAGGUUGCUUGACGGCCUGCCUUCAACAUGUUCCCAGUGGCUCAAAGCUGCUCAGUUUUACGAAAAGGGGGGAAGGCGAGAGCAGCUUAGUUUUGAAGUUUGGUAUUUACAGAACUCCCAUGAAGUGGAUUGACAGGUCACUGACGUUGCACCACCCGUUUGACACUUUUCAUGCCGUUCCUGAUCAAAUGCUUGAUGUAUUAUUUUUCAUUUUGACCACGUCCCCUGCAGAUGUUUGCACUUUUCGAAUUUCCAAAAUGAAGCUCUGGAUGAGUUGGGCAGAGGAGCUUGAAGCGCAAGAGAAAGAACACAAGUCACGCCUUGACCCUGAGGUUGGACAAGUUCUUGCCCCCAAAAGGCUCCUCCUGCUCAGAAAGAUAGCUUGCAGCUUGGAUUGGCCUGACACCAAUCUUUUUGACGAAAUUGAUGCGGGCUUCAAACUCACUGGAAUCCAGACCCCUUCAAAUGUCUUUGGGCUUGAACCCAGACCACCGCAAGCCUCUGAAGGGGAGUUAUGGGCGAGCGCAAAAUUCAUUAGACCUGCGUUGAUUGGCAAGGUCAAAAGUGCAGCUCUUAAUACUGGGAGUCAGCCAUUGUGGGAUGCUACAAUGGAGGAAGCGAGUAACCAUCACUGGAUGACUGGCCCGCAUACAGUUGAACAGGUUCAUGAUAUUUUCAAUGGACAGCCAUGGAUACCUGUGAGACGCUUCGCAGUGCUGCAGUCCUCUGGUGAUAGAAUGAAGCUCCGGCCUAUUGACGAUUUCGCGGAAAACCGUGUGAACACUGCCUAUGGCUACUCAGACAAGUUGGAUUUGCGCACUUUAGACCAGGUCGUGUGGAUGACAGCUGCCAUCACCCGCGCAUUAGCGUUGGGACAUGUUUCAUUUCGAAGGAGUGAUGGAACCCGUCUGGAGGGUAAGGUUCACCCCGCAUAUCUGGUUGAGGGUGGUGGUCGACCUCUCCUUUCUGUUUUGGAUUUGUCAUCAGCAUAUAAACAAUUUGCGAUCAGCAAGGAGUGCAGGCGGCUCUCUGUCAUCGCCCUUAAGGAUCCUUCAGACAAUUCAUGCAAGUGCUUCAUUGGCAAUGUGCUGCCAUUUGGGGCGACGGCCAGCGUGGUUCAUUUUAACCGCGUGUCCCGGCUGAUCCACUCCAUUGGGCUCCAUGCUGGACUGCUUUGGGGAAAUUAUUUCGACGACUUUCCAAUGGUGGCGCCUUGCAUAUUGAAACAGUCCUCAAUGAGCAUGGCUAAGCUUCUACUCGACAUGCUCGGGUUCCAGUUUGCUGACCAUAAACUGAAGCCCUUUGACUCAAAAGCCACUGUUCUUGGGGUCGAGAUUGACACCAGCGAAUCUAUGAAUGGUUUUGUCCUGGUGAGGAACAAGCCCGGCAGGGUGACAGAGGUCUCAGAUGCAGUCAAUGGAAUCCUGGCUCGUGGCACGUUGACGGCGAAGGAGGUUAGUCGGAUCCUGGGCCGCAUACAAUUUGCAGAUGCCCAGGUUAUGGGUCGGGUUGGAAGAAUUGCCAUGCACGAGUUCCGGCUUGCCAUUAAAAGCCAUGAGAGCGUUGCUGGUCACACCAUUGGGGGCGUUGUGUCCAUUGACAACCGGUUUGAAUAUUUUUCAUGUGCAGUGCCGGAGCGCUUGGUUGAGGAGUGGGGAUCCAUGUUUUCCCACUUCAUUGGACUUGUGGAGCUCUAUGCCAUCUUGGUGAGCCGGCGUCAAGCAGUUUGUCCUCUGACAGGGGUUCGAAUGACCGUCCUCCAGUUGCAAUGCCACAUUGAGGAGACCGUUGACCUUUUGCAGGACAUGGGUUUCGACGGCCAUUUUAUUGUGAUUUUUCUCGACCAAAUUCAUGCUGAACUUCAAAGAUUUUUGCGUAUGUGUGAUCGCGCCAUCGCUGGCCUCGAAUACCGUCUUUUUGACAUUUUUCUCCGACGACUUCACCUUUGA